CCCAACUUGACUAGGUACAACUCCUUCUUCAUCGCCUCUAUCUCUAUAUUACAACCACUGGUACUUGAAUCUGGGCCUUUGUAAUACUAUCAUCGGUUUUUUAGGAAAUAUUACCCUGUGUCGAUUUCUUCACCAUGAAGUUGUCUGCUACUGUUACCGUCUUGGGGUUGCUCCCCUUGGCCCUGGCCGAAUCGAUUCUGGUCACGUUCCCUUCAGGUACCCCUGACUCGGUGGUUGAUCAGGCAAAGCAAUCAGUUAAGGACGCUGGUGGCAAGAUCACCCAUAAUUACACUUUGCUCAAGGGCUUCGCAGCCGACACCAAGGCCGACUCGGUUCAACAGCUGUCAACUGAAUUCGCGGCAUACAAUCCAACUGUCGAGAAAGACAUGACUGUCACUAUUCAGUGAGGGCGAUAUUGGAUAGUCCGGGAGAAGAAAGCUCCCUUUUCUUUAUUCCAAAUUACUAUUGUAUGAUGGAUGGGGUUCCCGCUGGUUUCGGGGCUCGACCAUUGAUGGUCGAUAAUGGAUGGGAAAAAUUAGCUUAGAUUGUAAUUCAGGAUUCUUAUGUAUCA